AUGGCGGAGGAGAGAUAUAAUCGGAAGAAUCCGGCGGUGAAGAGGAUUUUGCAGGAGGUUAAGGAGAUGCAAGCAAAUCCGUCUGAUGAUUUUAUGUCUCUUCCUCUUGAGGAGAACAUCUUUGAGUGGCAAUUCGCCAUCCGAGGUCCUGGUGACACUGAAUUUGAGGGUGGGAUUUAUCAUGGGAGAAUUCAGCUGCCUGCAGAUUACCCUUUUAAACCUCCUUCAUUCAUGUUACUGACCCCUAAUGGUCGUUUUGAAACCAAUACCAAGAUUUGCUUGAGCAUUUCAAAUUACCAUCCCGAGCAUUGGCAACCUUCAUGGAGUGUUCGGACUGCUUUGGUGGCACUCAUUGCGUUCAUGCCUACAAGCCCCAAUGGAGCACUGGGCUCAGUAGAUUAUCCAAAAGAAGAGAGACGUACACUAGCCAUUAAAUCACGUGAGGCACCACCCAAGUAUGGCUCUCCUGAGCGUCAAAAACUUAUUGAUGAGAUUCAUCAAUACAUCCUUAGCAAAGCAACCGUGGCACCAAAACCUAAUCCUCAAGAAUGUAACAAAACACUUUCCACUGAGUCAGAAGCUCAGUCCCAAGUUGAACCAGAGGAAGCCGUAACAGCAGUGGAGGAGCGGUCCAUCGCUACAACAGACACCAUAGCUGAUGAUCAAAUCAUCGAAGAAGCAGCUGAAGCAGCCAAUACAGCAGCUACUGUGAGUCCCACUGCAGGAGCAUUAGCAACGGUUGAGGUUACGGCCAAAGCUUCUGGAAGUGGCGAUCAGGCGAUGGUCAGAAGAGCGGCUCAGAAGCCAGUUGAUGACAGACUGUUCACAUGGGCAGCGGUUGGACUCACAAUCGCAAUCGUGGUUCUUCUCUUGAAGAAGUUCAUAAGAUCAAGUGGUUACGGUGCCGGGUUUAUGGAUGAGUCUUGA